AUGAGUUGGCAACCGCAGGCGCAGGGGCUCGACGAAUUGCUGCAAUGCCUGCGCAACUCGGGAUCGCCCGACACCAAAGUUCAGGAGCAGAUCCAAGUCGUGAGUCGCUGUGAGGACGGUGGCGUCGCUGGCGGUGGUGGUGGUGGUGGUGGUGGUGGUGGUCGUAGUUGCUCGUCGUGGCGCGUGCGUGGUCGCGCAUGUCGUGGUCUGGUCGGGCUGCCGCCUCCCCGGCUGCUGCGAGCCAAAGAAUCAGACCCCGACCACCGACCACCGACCACCGACCACCGACGACCUCCGCGGUUCUACGUCGCGCGGCACCCGCUCCCAUGCUGAAACCGUACCGUACUGACCAUUCCUUGGCUUGGCUUUCCCUUCCAGCGCCUCGAGUCGUUCAAUGAGGUGCCCGACUACAACUCGUAUCUGGUCUUCAUCCUGACCCAGCUCCCCGCGGAGGAUAUGACCGUGCGCUCCAUGGCCGGUCUCUUGCUCAAGAACAACAUCCGACUGCGACUCGACGCGAUCCCCGCCGACGUGUUGGCCUACGUCAAGGAGCACGUCUUCGAGGCCAUCGCCGACCCGACCCCGAUGAUCCGCAACACCGUCUCGACCGUCGUCGACACGCUCCUCAUCGGCCUCGGACCCCAGAACUGGCCCGAAGCGUUGGCGCAGUUGAUGCAGCUCAUUGAAUCGACCGACCAGUAUGCCCAGGAGGUGGGUCACCACAGGUAGUCCUAUCGGAAACAGUUCCAUCACUGAAUUAGCCCGCUCUCGUCGUCCGCAGGGCGCCUUCUCGGCCCUCGACAAAUUGUGCGAAGACAUCCCGCGCCAGCUCGAGCAGAUGGAGGUGCAGGGAAACAAGCCGCUCGAGUUCAUGAUCCCGAAAUUCAUCCAGCACAUCGACGCGGGCAACCCCAAGAUCCGCGCUUACGCCCUCUCCGCCGCGUCGCAUUUCAUCACGACCGAGAACAACGCGCUCUCGACCCACAUCGUCAAUUUUAUCAACGCGCUCUUCCGCCACGCCUCGGACGACUCGACCGAGGUCAAGAAGCUCGUCUGCCAGGCCUUGGUCCAACUGCUCGCGAACCGGCCCGACAGUCUGAUCCCCCACAUGCCCAACGUCGUCGACUUUAUGCUCUACGCGACCCAGACGAUCGAGGACGAGGAGGUUGCGCUCGAGGCGUGCGAGUUUUGGCUCACCUUUGCCGAGGACCCCGAACUGAUCGAACACCUGCGACCCUUCUUGCCCCGCGUCAUCCCCGUGCUCUUGUCGUGCAUGGUCUACUCCGAGGACGACAUCGCCAUCUUGGACGGCGCCGAAGACGACGCCGCCGUGCCCGACAAGGCCGAAGACAUCCGACCCCAUCUCUUGUCGUCAAAGGCGCACACCAACGAGCGGAUCGAGGACCCCAACGGUACAGGGACAUCGACGCCAUCGAGCAACAAGCCGCGCGACGCACUGGACGACGACGAGGAGGAGGAUGAGAGUGAUUACGAGGACGACGAGGACGAUGAUCCAUACACGGAGUGGAACUUGAGGAAAUGCUCGGCCGCGGCUCUGGACGUGAUGGCCGUCGCAUUCGAGACCGAGAUGCUCGAGAUCCUGCUCCCCUACUUGAGGGAAAAGCUGUUUUCGACCGAAUGGACCGAUCGCGAGUCCGCCAUCUUGGCCCUGGGUGCAAUCGCGGAGGGCUGCAUCACCGGCAUCGAGCAACACUUGCCCGUGUUGAUGCCCUUGCUCAUCAGCUCGCUUAACGACCCGAAACCGCUCGUCAGGUCCAUCACAUGUUGGACAAUAGGGCGGUAUUCGAGCUGGACGAUCAAGGAGGACGCCACACCCGAGCACAAGCAGCAGUUUUUUAUUCCGGCCAUGGAAGGCGUGAGUCCUACCGUUCCAUCAUGGUCUCGGAUGUGCCAAUACUCAGACUGACGUCGCUCCACAUUUUUCUCCUGUAGCUCCUGAAAAUGUGCCUCGACAACAACAAGCGGGUACAGGAAGCGGGAUGUUCGGCCUUUGCGACACUCGAAGAAGAAGCCGGACCCGAGCUCGAGCCGUACCUCGGCUCGAUCCUCGGCAACCUCGUUUUCGCCUUCGAGAAAUACCAGCAAAAGAACUUGUUGAUCCUGUACGACGCGAUUGGAACACUCGCCGACUCGGUGGCAGGUGCCUUGAAUCGACCCGAACACGUCAACGUCCUGAUGCCGCCACUCAUCCGGCGAUGGCAGAACCUGAGCGACAACGACCCGGAUCUGAUCCCGCUACUCGAGUGCCUGUCGUCGGUCGUGAUUGCAAUCGGGCAAGGGUUCCUCACCUACGCGCAACCCGUAUUCGAACGCUGCAUCGCCAUCGUCAAACAGUCGUUGAUCGAUUUCGAGCAGUACAAGGCGAACCCGGCCCAGGUCGAGGAACCGGACAAGACGUUCCUCAUCGUUUCGCUCGAUCUCUUGUCGGGCCUGACCCAGGGUCUCAACACGGCCAUCACCGAAUUGUAUCGAUCGUCGGACCCGCCCGUCCUGUCUUUGCUCGCGCUGUGUCUGCAGCACCCCGACCCGCCCGUGAGACAAUCGUCGUACGCCCUCUUGGGCGAUACCGCCAUCUCAUGUUUCCCGAUCUUGCACCCCGUCUUGGCCCAAUUCAUGCCGGGCGUGAUCGCGAGCAUCGACGUCGAACCGAGACCUGCCGAAGUGAGCGUAUGCAACAAUGCCGCUUGGGCAGCGGGUGAGAUCGCCCUACAGGCCGGAGCCGACAUGAAGCCGUGGGUCCAACCCUUGAUGGAACGGAUCGUACCCGUGCUCUUGUCGAAUCGAUCGGCUCGAAGUCUGACGGAGAACUCGGCCGUCACGAUUGGGAGGUUGGCGAUCGUCUGCCCCGACCUCGUCGCACCUCACCUCGAAGUCUUCGUCAGUGCUUGGUGUCAAGCCUUGGCGGAUAUCAAGGACAACGAAGAGAAGGAUUCGGCGUUCCGGGGGAUCUGCGCCGCGAUCCAGCUGAACCCGAAUGGUAUCUCGGCUGCGUUUGGGUACUUCCUCAACGCGAUCGCGCGGUGGCAACGACCGUCCGAAACGUUGCACGACAUGUUCAAGACUAUCUUGGUCGCUUUCAAAAACAUGUCCGACCCGCCGGCGUGGGAGGCCCAACUGGCGCAUCUGCCACCACCGAUCGUAACCAGGUUACGAGAGCGAUACCCGAUUUGA